AUGCAGGCCGAAAAGCGCGAAGCAUUGCGGRGACUCACGCAGUACACAUAUACAUCUUUUACUACCACAAACUCCAUCCGCCUACUUCACCUGCUUCCUGGCUCUAUACAUGACGACAUCCGAGGCAGUCUGCAUAUGGUUCCACUCAGCGAAGCUCAAGGCCGAUAUGAAGCAUUGUCAUACUGCUGGGGCAGCGGGUAUACCAGCAUGACUUGCGUAGAUGCCGAUGGAAGAAGUCUGGGCCAUGUAGCAAUCACACUAAAUCUCGACGAAGCUCUGCGUCACUUGCGGUCCGAAACGGAAACUCGAUGCCUCUGGGCGGAUGCAAUAUGUGUCAACCAAGACGACCUCCAAGAGCGAAGUCAGCAAGUCCAGCUAAUGCGACAGGUUUAUGCAGGCACAAAGCAAGUUCUUCUCUGGCUCGGUGGAGAAGACGAGCACACCCCUUUGGCACUCGCAGGGCUUGCAGAGAUUGGUAAAUACUGUCAAAACCUUUCCCUAUUCUCCCUCCUAGCCAUGAACAACAUGGGAGAACUUGCGAGCAUGCUCAACGUACCGAGACUCCCAGACUUGGGCGAUAUCAUCACUACAGCGAUUGAGCAGAUCUUUCGUCGGCCGUGGUUCGCCCGAGUCUGGGUUAUCCAAGAAGUCUGCGCAGGGCCUGAGGUCGUCGUCCAAAUCGGAUGCGAGAGCAUACCCUGGAACAUCAUUGGCAUUGCUGCUCAUUGGUUGAGAGAAGCCCGCUGGUCCAGCACAGCUACCGGAGAAGGCUCUGAACAACUUCGAAAUGCGGUAAUCCUUUGGCAGAAGCGCUUCAACUCUCAAGCUUCCGCCCCCAAUCUGCUGGACGAGGGRAGAGACUACGGAGCGACAGAUCCCCGAGACAAAGUGUAUGCACUGCUUAGCUUUUCAGCUAUGCAGACUCAUGCUCAAAUCGUACCGGAUUAUCAAAACAAGACAACGACUGGAGUUUAUAUAGAUGUAGCGCAUCACCACAUCCGCAGCUCCCGAAAAGUCGUCAUGCUUUCAUAUGCCGAGCUUCCUUCUGUUACUGACGGACUGGAGCGAGAGCAGGUCGAGACAUGGCCUGGCUUGCCAUCCUGGGUGCCUAAUUGGUCCGAGCAGACUUGUUUCCCAACAUCUUCGCUUGUCUCGGUACCUGCCUAUGUAGGCGAUGCAAUCCACACUCARCCAGAGGUUGCUUCGUUACAGAACGACGAGUUAAUUGUCCAGGGCUGGAUCAUCGGCCGAGUCACUGUGGCGCCAGCACAUCUGAAGUGGGAGGAUCGCGAUGGCAGAUUCUCCAUCUCUAACAUCGAGGCCUUGGUGGAGUUCUGGGAGCAGAUGCAGGUUCAGUCCAACGCCGCCAAUCUUUUGGUCCUGAAGAGAUCCCUCUCACACGCGGCGACAGCAGGGAUCACGGCCGAGUAUGAAUCAGCAGACACGUGUAGCAAUCGGCACGAGAAUGACUUUUGUCAGUUCCUGGAGUGGAUGCUGCGGGACGGCGCUGGACGUUCCAUCUUUCGAUCGAGAUUGUCCGCUUUGCUCGUUGGAGACCCAAAGAAAGGAAAUGCAGGCAGAUAUUUACAGGCUGCGUAUCUCAUGGUGCAGUCCCGCCGGCUAUUCUGUGGCGAUGAUGGCAUCGCCGGCCUGGGUCAUUCGCAGGUGCAGCGCGGUGAUUUGGUCGUUCUCCUGAUGGGCAGUACGGUGCCUUUCAUUUUACGGCAGCGAGGACUUAACCACCAGCUAGUCGGAGAAUGCUUUCUUUACGGAUGGAUGGGUUCCGAUGCUGUUAUCCGUGCUGAAAGGGAGUCAAAGAAGUCUAGCAGCUUCAGGCUAGUAUGA